UCGAAACAAUACAUUUCCAACUGUCUUCAAGUUAUAAAGAAAGAAAAAAACAUGAAACUGAUAAUUACAUUACUUUUGGCAAACGUGCUCGUUGCCUAUGCACUUACCGAUAAGGAGGAAUGGCUCAAUUUUAAAUCUACAAACAAGAAAGUAUACAAAACCGCUUUAGAAGAAACGAAACGAUUCUCGAUCUUCCAAUCGAACUUGCGCAGAAUUGAAGCUCAUAAUGCAAAAGAACAGCAAGGUCUUUCAUCAUACAGAAUGGGAGUUACUGUAUUUGCUGAUCUUACACCUCAAGAAUUUAAAGAUAUGAUGAAAUUAUCUAAGAGUGAAAGGACGGAAGAUAAAGAAAUCACUCCUACUAAAUUGGAUUACGAAGGUGAACUUCCUAACGAAAUUGAUUGGAGAAAAAAGGGUGCUGUAACAGAGAUAAAAAAUCAAUUAGCCUGCGGAUCAUGUUGGAGCUUCAGUACUACGGGAACAGUUGAAGGGGCAAAUUACAGAAAAACUGGCAAAUUGGUU